AUGAGAACCCCACCGCUCCAAACAAUGGCACGGCCUUCAAGUUAUGACCCAAAUCGAAUUCCAGCAUCUGUUUUUGCUAGUAAACCUUCAACAAUCAUGGAUUGGAGUGUUGCAUCAAAUGAGUCGUUGUUUAGUAUUCACAUGGGGAAUAACAGUUUCUCUAGAGAUCAUGCUAUUCUAAUGGGAAAGUCUGGAGAACUGACCAAGCUUGACGAGAUGAAUUAUCCUUCCAACCGGCUUUCUGUUACUGAAGCCAAGUCCAAUGAGUUGAACAACUUCUCAUCCAGCCUGCCUCCUGUUAUUGAAGCAACAGCAGACACAGACAGAAAGAGUGUUGAUAUGUCUGAGGACUUGAGAGUAAAACACAAGACAUCUGAGGACUUAAAGAUGGAGUUGAAGGAACAUGUGGAAGUUCAUAAGAAGGAAAAGCCGUCCCCUGCUGAUCAGGCACGUGUUUCUGAUACCGCUUCCAGCAUUUCAGAUGGUAAAGGAACACCUCGUAUUUGUGCAAGUCCCCCUCGCUUUUCUCAUGAGAGUGGUAACAGUGCCAGUUCUUUUGCCUUUCCAAUGUAA